GGAGAUGUUUCCCUUCAAAGUACGUUAUUUUGGUUAGUUUGUUUACAAAGUUUUAAAAAUGUACAUAGUGCAGUGUGAUUUAUCGGUGAAAGGCCAGGAACGUUUGACUGCGGAUUAGGAAUGUUUGUGCAACGUUUACAUCGAUAAGGUUUACAUUUUUCUCUCAGUAUUAAAUGAUUAAAGUAGUAAACCUAAAACUGUCGUUUACUUUGCUUGCUUCUUUUAAACAUAUGGAGGGAUGUGGACGUGUAAAUACCCUGUAAAUAUUUUUAUAUCUCUACGAACUUUACAAUAGUCGAAUUUGAUUUGCUUUUGGUGGAAGGAAAUUCAAAUGGAUGAUGAGCGAUUCUGAUGAUACCGAUGUUUUACUCCUAAUUCCACCUGAUUUGUUCCUUGUACCACCAUCGUCAGAGUCUGACACUAGUUCUGAUUGUGGGAAAGCAAACUAUAGCAAUGGAAGAACUGGAGUAAUAUCGGAGCUAGUGGAACAUAUGCAAUCGUUAGAAAGCAGAAUCACUGCUAUCGAAUUUAAAGAUAAUAGCUUAGAUGGUACGGUGUUAAAUCAUUCAUGGGAUUCACAAAUUCAAAAUAACCCAAGUGUCAAGUUUAGACAGACAUUACCUAGAACUAGCUUCUACGUAAGUCAGAGCUCUAGUUUACAAAAUACACCUGUAAAGCCUCGAAAAUCCUUGUCUGUUCCAACAACUCCUAAUGGUUACUCAUUGUCAAACCGUACUAAUUUUAGUCAGAAUGACAUGAGAUUGGGAAAUCAUCUUUCUGUGGCUACUGGUACUAAUGCAACUAACAAUCAUGAUAAGGAUAGGCAUGAUUGUCUAGCAUCCCAUUCUGAUUUCUCCAUGGUAUUCCCUUCUGCUUCUCGCAGUGUGGGUUUCCCGCAUGCCACUGUUACUUCUUUCAAAGGGGAACUUUGCUCUUAUCCGCUCGGUCAUUGUAAAAGUACAAGUAAUAUGUAUGUUAAACCUUCUUCCAAUCAAUUACGCUCAAUGCCGUCUACCUCGACUUUAUUUAGUGCAACAGGACAACCAAAUUCAUGCUCUAAAACUAGUAUACAAGACAUGGAGCUGUCAGAAGUUGACGAACUACUCCAAGAAAUGGAGGCUACAGAAUUAGAACUAUCGAAACGAAUAAAUAGAGUUUCGCAGCAUCAGUGUCAUAGAGAACAGAACGACGUAUUAAUACCUAAUCAUGGCAAUGAUGCUUUUACAAGCAAAGGUCACAAUGAUACGCGUAAGAGUACUCUUAAUAGAAAAUUAGAGUUCGAGUUACAAGACUCUAAUCAAUAUCGCGAUGUUCGACCAAUUGUAUCGAAAAAAGUCUGUUCGGAUGGUUUUCCUGAUAUAUCUCUACCGUACAAUAAUUCAUUCAACUUUGACGAAACUGACAGAGUAAUCUCCGAAUUUAAAACAUGGGGGCAAAAUCUACCAAAACCAGCAUCAAGGAUCGAGGAAGUAGAAGGCCCGAGCACGCUAAAAAAUACAAAUAAUAUUGAUAAAUUGGGUGUAAAAGCAAACGAUAUGAAAAUUAAAGAAUCAAUCACCGAACAAACUCCCGCGUGUACGGAUGAUGCAAAUAGCGUAAGUGCAAUUGGCGCAUAUAACGUACAACCGCAUCCUGUGCAUAAAAAUGUAGAAUCCUCCUUGCUUAACGAAUUAACGCAGUAUAAUAGUAUUCAACAAAACAAUAACGUGCAACAUAUGAAUCAAAUGCACAAUGCAUCAUCUACUGCGGGCACUGUUCAUGCUUCAACGAAUACAGAUUUUUUUCCAAGAAAAUCCCAACGACUAUUGUCAUUGUCAGAUUUUUGGGAUACCAAUAGCAAUAAAUCUCAAGACGAAAUGCGCAGAAUUAAAUUGGAAGAAGAAAAAUUUCGUCGAGAGCAUUGCGAACACUUGAUUCAAGAGCUCCAGAAACGGUUGUUAGAACAACAAGAAAAAGUUGCGGUAGCCCUUAGAGUAGAUAAUGAAAAAAAUGAAUUGAUAACGCAGUUCCAUAAUGCAUGGACUAAAUUGAAACAACGCGUACACGUUUUAGAAAACGAGUACAAUGCUUUACAGACAAACGCGAAAAAUGUGACUGAAAAACAUCAGUUGGAAGUUUCAGAAUUUCAGUCACAAAUAAAACGUUGCGAAGGAGAAUUAUCAAAAGCUUUAGAUCUUGCAGCUGGAUAUAAAGAGAAAAGCGAUGCAGUAAUGAAAGAAAAGAUAGAGUUAUUGAAAAAUCACGCUGAUGAAUUAGAGAAUUAUAAGUCGUUCGUAUUAGAAGCGGAAAAUAGGUGCGAGCAAAUAAAAUUAGACUAUAAUAAAAUAUUAGAGAAGAAUAAACAAACUGAAGACGCAUUGAGAAGUCUUCAACAAGAAUUAAGUAAAGAGCGAUUGAAAGGCGUCGAGGUUAGAAAUGAAAUGAAUGUUAUUCAUAAAGCGUUAGAUACUUGCGAAGCCGAAUUAACCGUAUUAAGGCAGGAGAAAGAAAAUUUACAGUUGAAAUUAAACGAAGAGAUGAAUAGGAAUACAAUUUUACAGCAGAAGAAUGCUACACUUCUUUCGUCGAUUGAUGAUGCCAAGGAGGCAGAGAAAGUAGCCAAAGAUGAAACGAAAUCUUUAGCAGAAGAGAAAGAAAAAAUUAGAUCAGAGUUACAAGAUGUUUAUCAGAAACAAGUCGACGAAGUAGUAAAAGUCAAAUUACAAGAAUUUCAGACUCAACUAGACGUUGCCGAGACUGAAUUUCUUGAAGAAUUAAAAACCAGGCAACAAGUUAUUGCCGAAUGCGCAGCAAGGAAAAUUAAAGAUAUUAUAGAUAAACAUCGAUUAGAAAUAAAUUUACUAGAAGAGAAACACAAAGAGGAGAAGCGACUAUGCGAACUUCAAUUAGCGCAAGCUCUCCAAAAAUCGUCAAUUUUAGAAUCGGAACUCCAUUCCCAACGCGCUACUAAAUCUCAACUUGCCGAACAGCUUCACUCCGUAAUGCAAAAGCAAUGGCAGCAAGCCUUGCAAAUUAUCUCAGGUGGAAAUUUAGAGGACUUAACACCCCUUCAAAAAAUUCACGCCGAGAAAUUAUUCAGAGGUGCGAGAAAAUCCGAGUCGAUGCCAAAUUGUUUCACGCAGGGUUUCCAAGAACCAAGAAGAAUAACGAUCCAAUCGUCGGAUGCGAAAAAUUUCCGCGAUCAUGUCGAAAACAUAAGCGCUAUCACGCCUAUCGACGACACUCCUGUUACGAGUAGAAAAGAGGCGAAGGAUGAUCUUCGUAAAUACGUGAAAAUGAUUGCCGAAAUGCAACAGUCGAGGGACGAAUUUCUUAAAAUUCGUGAAAACAUUCCUAGCCCGCCCUUAGUGUGCAGAGAAGUGCCGCGGAAGCAUUAUAUGAAAAAAGAGCUAAGCAUAAAGGACGAAGACAGUAUUAUAUGGCAACCGGCUCCAUCAGAUACUACGCCCGAUACUAGCGAAUUCAUUCCAAUUUCACAAAAAGUUUGUACAAAGGGGGAUCAACAAAAGAACAAACCACCGUGGAAAUGACAUACCGUUUGUGAUUUUGUAAACGUUGAUUACGGUGUCGACGAAGUGGAUUAUAUCGAUGUAUUGCAUUUAAUUAGCCGUAAUUAAGAUAUCUACAAUAUAUAUUUUUUACUCGAAUAAAAUUUUAUACGUAAACAAAA